CGGGAGUAGUUCAGGAAAAAUGCACAUUGAUACAGCUUGAAGAUUCUUGCUCUUCCCGGGUCUUAAUCGGUAUCUUUUUAAUUGGAACAUUUGAAGAAAUGGGAAGUUUUGGAAGACCAGAAGGUUUAACCUUGCUAGGGUUUCUACUGCCGAUCAUACUUCAGUCGGUGUCGGGUCGGUUUGUGGUGGAGAAGAACAGUCUGAGGGUGAUUUCACCGGACAACAUCAAAGGCACCUUCGAUUGCGCGAUUGCCAACUUUGGGAUCCCUCAAUAUGGGGGAAGCAUGUCAGGGACUGUGGUCUACCCGAAGGAUAACCGAAAGGGAUGCCGAAAAUUUGAGGAUUUCGGAAUUUCCUUCAAGUCCAAGCCUCCUCUCUUGCCCACAUUUGUCCUCGUCGAUCGUGGAGAUUGUUUUUUUGCAUUGAAAGUUUGGAAUGCACAGAAUGCAGGUGCAUCUGCAGUUCUAGUUGCAGAUGACAUGGAUGAGGCACUGAUAACAAUGGACACUCCUGAAGAGGACGUACAUGCGGCGAACUAUGUUGCGAAUGUAACAAUUCCAUCUGCACUCACCACUAAGGAUUUUGGGGAGAAAUUGAAGAAGGCAGUCAAUGGAGCGGAAAUGGUUACUGUAAGUCUUGAUUGGAGAGAAUCCGUUCCUCACCCUGAUGACCGUGUGGAAUUUGAACUAUGGACCAACAGCAACGAUGAGUGUGGUUUUAAAUGUGACAUGUUGAUGAAGUUUUUGAAAGAUUUCAAAGGUGCGGCACAGAUCCUUGAAAAAGGCGGUUACACGCAGUUUACACCCCAUUAUAUAACUUGGUACUGCCCUCAGGCAUUCACCAUUAGCAAACAAUGCAAGUCACAAUGCAUUAAUCACGGCAGAUAUUGUGCACCUGAUCCUGAAUCGGACUUUAGUUCAGGUUAUGAUGGGAAGGAUGUUGUUCUUGAAAAUUUGAGGCAGCUUUGUGUCUUUAGAGUUGCUAAUGAGACCAGAAAGCCAUGGAUUUGGUGGGAUUAUGUGACUGAUUUCCAAAUCCGGUGCCCCAUGAAAGAGAAGAAAUAUAACAAGGAAUGUGCUGCUGAAGUAAUAAGAUCUUUAGGACUUGAUUUUAAAUCAGUUGAGAAGUGUAUGGGAGAUCCUAAUGCUGAUGCCGACAAUCCUGUUUUGAAAGAGGAGCAGGAUGCUCAAGUUGGUAAAGGAUCACGAGGUGAUGUCACCAUAUUGCCCACCCUUGUAGUAAACAAUAGACAAUACCGAGGGAAGCUGGAGAAAGGUGCUGUUUUAAAGGCUAUUUGUGCUGGCUUUGAGGAAACCACGGAUCCUGCUGUGUGUUUGAGUGAUGAUUUAGAGACAAAUGAAUGCUUGGACCACAAUGGUGGCUGCUGGCAAGAUAAAUCUGCCAACAUCACAGCUUGCAAGGACACAUUUCGAGGAAGAGUGUGUGAAUGCCCCACAGUUGAUGGUGUGCAGUUCAAAGGAGAUGGUUACAGUUCGUGCAAGCCAAGUGGACCUGGCCGAUGCAAACUAAAUCACGGAGGCUGUUGGCAUGAAACACGAAAUGGGCACACCUAUUCUGCUUGUGUGGAUGAGGAGGAGAGCAAGUGCACAUGUCCUCCUGGGUUUAAAGGUGACGGUAAAAGUUGUGAAGAUGUUGAUGAAUGCAAAGAAAAGAAGGCAUGUCAGUGCCCUGAAUGCAGCUGUACAAACAAUUGGGGUGGCUAUGAAUGCACAUGUAGCGGUGACCUACUCUACAUCACCGACCAUGAUACUUGCAUUAGCAAAAAGGCCGCUGAAGUCAGAUCUUCGUGGGCUGCUCUUUGGGUCAUUUUGAUAGGACUGGCCAUGGCUUCCGGUGGGGCAUAUCUUGUAUACAAAUAUAGAUUUAGGUCAUACAUGGAUUCUGAGAUAAGGGCCAUAAUGGCGCAAUACAUGCCACUAGACAGCCAAAAUGAAGUCCCAAACCACGUUUCUGAAGAUCGUGCUUGAAGGACAUUGACUCGCUGCAAUGCAUAAAAAGAAAAUGAACUAAACACCUCUUACUCAGUACUCAAUUACCCAAAUAGGGUUUUGUUGAGGGAGAGAUGUAAAUGAUCAAUGUGAGAUGUAUGUGUAUGAACUUAGAAACUCUGUUUGGUUGGUGUAAGCAGGAAAAGUGGUAGCUGGAUGAUGUGGGGCUCUGUUUAUGUGGCUCCCCUCCUCCUAUGGUUAUGGUUAGUGACCACAUUUAAUCACUACUCAUAAAUCUGGUCUAUUAUGUAGUGAUUGUGACUAAUAUUAUGAUUUGUAAUUUUGUAUGUACAUUUUGUAUCCCCACUCUUUGUACUCUUAUUAAUGUUCCCACUUUUGACUAUGUCAAGAAUAAUACGGAGUAACAUUAUGAGUUUCAUCAUGAUAGUCCGAAGCUUCUGAUAACCUUUAUU